GUUUUGUGUCUUCUAGUGAGCGGUUGUAUUUGAAAUCGUUAUUAUUUUUUCUUCUAUUAUGGAGUGUGCCCAGAAAAAGUUGCAAGAGAUUUUGGCCAAGUGUCAACAGGAAAAUAUUGAUUUGUUGAAAAACGAAAGUAUUCAGAAUUUCCUUGGAGAACAUAAAAAAUCUACAAGUCGAAAGGAAAAAUGGUUUAAAUUUUUGAUCAUUACAAGUUUGCUAACAUAUGCCAUGAAUUAUUACUUCAGUGAGCUGCAGUCGAGGCGAUGUACAUUUCAAAUGCCCACCCUUAUGCGUUAUGCCUUUCGGCCCCCAGAAAAUUGUGCAUUUUGUGAAAACGUGGAUGCCAUUGAGAGAGUCUCCAAUAUAACGCCGGAGGAAUUCGAAAGAAGAUAUGCAUAUUCUGCAAGACCAGUGAUUGUGGAAGAUGCAACCAAAAAUUGGACAGCAUUGGAGAAAUUUGACUAUUGGUAUUUCCACGAUGUCUACGAUAAUGCGCAACGUAGAGACAAGAUAUUGGAUUGUCAAUUUUUGCCAUAUAAAACAGGAUUUCGUGAUAUCUUCGAGGCCCUAGAUAUGCCCGAAAGUAGAGUGGAAUAUUUCCAGAACAACAAUAGGGCACAGGGCCGAGAAGAAAAACCAUGGUAUUUUGGUUGGAGUAAUUGUAAUCCAGAAACGGCAGAAGAAUUUCGACGCCACUAUGGACGGCCCUAUUUUUUAUCCGAAACAUCGGAAAAUAAUAAUGUGGAUUGGUUUUUUAUUGGCACGGCUGGGUUGGGAGCACAUAUGCAUAUUGACAAUGUCCGUUUACCCUCAUGGCAGGCCCAGCUUUCCGGCAGAAAACGUUGGCUAUUGGCCCCACCACCCGAAUGUUAUUUCAAAUGUAAAUCAUUCGAUGCCGUUGUCAAUAAAGGAGAUAUCAUUGUUUUGGACACAAACAAAUGGUAUCAUCAGACAUUCGUACAGCCUGGCGAAAUAAGUCUCACUAUAGGUGCGGAAUACGAUUAAAUUACAAUCUAAAGUUUUUUGUCGAAAUUAAAUAAAACACGAUUUAUAAUUUAAAAAUUUAAACUAACUAAAUAAAAGAACAACAAUUAUAUCUACA